GUGUUAUAUUUCUGAAUCCUUGCUGCAUCUGAUCACCUAGGACACAAGGACCUUCAAGCCUUAAGGAAAAGGACUAUAUCUCUGAGCCUAAACCAAAAAUCAAAUCAACAGACAUGGGGAAGCUCUUCAUUGGUGUUAUUCUUGCUCUUGCAUCCAUUGCUUUGGUGGAGUCCUUGGUCUGCAACAAAUGCUCAGCAAGUGUGUUUGGCUUUUGCCUGAACUCAGGGGAAGAGACCUGCACUGCCAACAACAGUGUCUGUUUUACUGGACGUGCAACUUUUCCAGGCAUCUCAAGUUUCAGUGGCUUCACCCAACAAGGCUGCAGAGUUAAUGACACCGCCUGCAACAGUUCCACAAAUUCAUCUCUGCUGGGUGUCACUUACACCACAGCAAUUACCUGCUGCUCUACAGACAAGUGCAACCCAGUCACGCUCAGUGGUGCCCCAACUGCCAAAAUAACCUUCACCUCUGCCAUCGCUGGAGCCGUCCUGGCCUCUGUCCUGGGAAGCUACUUGUAAUCAGAGUAGAACUGCAAUCAGUAACAUCAAGCCUCUUGUCUUAAAAAGCCCAUAGUAAUAUAAAUCUUUGAACAAUAAUACUAAUCAUUAAUUGUUCAGCCAAUGUUGUUGUGAGGGUCAGAUGUAUGGCAGAUACCCACAUCAUGGAAGUUUAUCAAUGGGAUGUUUCAAAGAAACAUUGAGCUCAUAAAUCUUUCAUAAUGUUGUAUAGGUUUAGAUAUCAUAGAUUCAAAUUGUAUUCCUCCUCAUAACCUUUCUCUGUGUUACUGAGUUGCAGAAUAAUAUAAUAAUGACUAUUUCUCAAUAAAACACAAUGACAAGCCUC